UCCAAACCGUCAUGGCCAGAUUCGUGCUCGCGGGUAAAGCGGACUGCCCGUGCUACGCUAAAGCCGAAUAUUUAGCGGAUACAUGUCAGAAAUGUCUCCCGGACUUCAGCCUCCGGAAAAUACCGAUCCACCCCGAACAGUGGCAGGCUUGGUUGGACCAAAUCUGCUUCUCCAACAGCUGGACUCACACUCACUCUCCUCUGGUCUGGAGGGAGGUAGGGCUUGGCAGUAAGGGACUGCUGCUGGGAGGACUGUCGGACUUCAUGGAGCACUGCCAGGCCUACUAUAACAUGACUGUGGAGCUUCCUUCUGAGCUCAUGCUGAAGAUCUCACAGGAGAACAUGGCAGCCAUUUUGGAUCAGAACCAAGAACAAGAACAUCUCCACACCAUCAAACCUCUGCAUGUGUGGAUCUGCAGUGCUCUGAGUCCAGUUGCUCCGUUCCUGAUCUCAGAACUGCUCUGUGAUCCUGAAAUCCUCCCAAAGUCCUCUCUGAUCUCCCUUCACCUGCUGCACCCGGACCUGGGUCUAGUCUUGGACCAGUUGAGGGCUCUGCAGAUGGAGACUCAGGACCUGGCUGCUCCAAGACUCCACCAGGUGUCCAUCUACACGUCUCUUCUCGAGGCUUUCACAGAUGCAGACCUGGUCCUGUUCCUUGAUGAUGGAGUUCCUCAGACCUCCAAAGAGCUAGACCAGGAUCUGGACCAGGGUGUAGACCAGGAUCUAAAACAACUUAUAGCCCAGGAUUUGGACAAGUAUCCAGGUUUAGAUCAGGGUGUGGACCAGGGUCUGGACCCGAGUUUGGACAAGGGUCUUGACCAGGAAUGUCCCAGAGUAAACAGGAAGAGCUUUGUCACCGUAGCAACACAUCUAGAGAACCACGCACGAGUGCAGAUUGCUGACAAACUUAAAGUCCGGGCACAAGAUGUUCAUGGCCUCCUGAUUUGGGGAGACGUUUGUGGCCGGUUCUUUGUGGAUGUUCAGAGAGCCGAGGUACAUAACAGUGACAGAGGCAUCACUCCUCCUGGAGACCUAGGUCUGCCCCUCCCUCACCUACUCCAGCUCAGGAGCUGGUGUGAGAUGGAGCUGCAGAGCCCUGUGUCUGACCACCCGGGGGCGCUAUGCUCGGCUCACAACUUGCUGUGUGUGCUGAAAGCCUGGGACAGUCCUGGGACCGUCCUGUCUGCAGGGGUCCACUGCUCUGGCCUCUUAGACCUCCCUGAGGGUCUGGUCCUCUCAGUCCCAGUACGGUUCUCAGACGGAUCCUGGACUUUUGUGUCAGACCUCAACCUCCACAAGAAGAUCAGAGAAACACUACUGGAGUGUACCAAAGAACAGACCAGGAACCAGGACUGA